AAUCCGAUUCGUCAUCAAACGUCGUUUUAUUUUGGUAGACAUAUAAUACAACUUUGUAUUUAUCUAUGCUAUCCUUAUCUAUGCUGUCACGCCAAUACAAUUUUCUGUUUAUUUUGUAAUAGUGUUUAUGUUAAUGUCGAAAUGGAAACUCACUAGAUCGGUCAAGUGUUUAAGCAACAAUUACGCAUUAGAUUUAUAACGAGAUUAAAUUAAAACCAAAACAAAGUGGCGCGGUUUGGUCAACAUUUUGUGCAUGCCGAAUAAAAAAAAAUUGUGCGUGUGUGUGUUGCAUAUAUAUAAACAAAAAAAUCGUUCAUUGUCUGUGGUUUGCUGUCAUUGUAAAAUUAUAUAAAUAAAAUAAACGACGAUACGAAACUCGAUUUGGAGAGAGCCAAAAAAAAUGUUUGACAAAGGAAAAUUGAUUGCGGUCAUCGACGAAGGAACAAAAACGGCACGUGUUGUGAUUUUCAAAUCGAAGCCAUAUUUUGAAGAAUUGUGCUCACAUGCAAUUGAAAUUGAACAAAUUCAUCCGCAUGAUCGCUGGGUGGAACAAGAUGCAUUGGCCAUCUUAGAUGGUGUAAACAAAUGUGCAACGGAAGCGAUUGGAAAAUUGAACAAUCUCGUUCCAAGCGUUUACAGUAAAAGUGAUAUUGCAGCUGUUGGCAUUACAAAUCAACGUGAAACAGUUUUGAUUUGGGACAAAUAUACCGGCAAACCGUUGUACAAUGCAAUUGUUUGGAAUGAUGCGCGGACGGAGGAAACAGUGGAAAAGGUGUUGGACAAAAUUCCAAAUCGUAACAAAGAUUAUUGUAAAUCGAUUUCGGGUUUACCGAUUUCACCCUAUUUUUCAGCAUUAAAAAUAAAGUGGCUUAAGGAAAAUGUACCUGAAAUCAAUGAUGCAUUCAAAGAGAAAAGAUGCCUUAUUGGUACCAUUGACACAUGGCUAGUUUGGAAUUUGACCGGUGGACCAAAUGGUGGCCAACAUAUAACCGAUGUUACAAAUGCAAGUCGUACACUUCUCAUGAACUUGGAGACACUCCAAUGGGAUACGGACUUAUUAAAAAUAUUCUCAAUUGAUAUCGAUGCACUGCCCGAAAUUCGUUCGUCAUCCGAAAUGUUUGGAAAAGUUUGUAAUGGCUCUGCUUUGGAUAACAUUCAAAUUUGUGGUAUAAUGGGCAAUCAACAGUCGUCGUUAAUUGGGCAAAUGUGCUUUGAAAAGGGUCAAACAAAAGUAUCAUAUCGAAAUGCGUGCUUCUUAAUGUGCAACACAGGCGAAGAGAUAGUACAUUCGAAACAGGGUCUUGUCACAACGGUUGCAUAUAAAAUGGGCAAAAAUCAACCGACCAUUUACGCAUUAGAAGGUUCGGUUGCAGUCGGUGGUACCGCAUUACUUUGGCUUGGCAAUAAACUUGGCAUACUUAAGCCACAUGAAAAUUCAGAAUUAUUAGCAUCAAGUGUAUUUUCAACUGGUGAUGUUUAUUUUGUACCAGCUCUAAAUGGCCUAUAUGCACCAUCGUGGAAAAGUGAUGCAAAAGGAAUAAUAUGCGGUCUGACGGCAUUCACAACGCGAAAUCAUAUCAUACGUGCUGCUUUGGAGUCAAUUUGUUUUCAAACGCACGAUAUUCUAGAGGCGAUUGAAUCGUGUUUAGGUAUGAAGGUGAGAAAACUCAAUGUUGAUGGGCCAAUGUCAGAGAAUAAUUUGUUGAUGCAACUACAAGCCGAUCUCAGUGGUUUACCAGUUUUACGAACCAAAGUAAACGAUACAACAGCGCUUGGCAUUGCACUUGUAGCUGCACACUCAGCUGACAUGGAAGAUGUGUUUUGCCCGCAAAGCAACAUUGGAGAUAGUCUGGAAACGAAUAAAAUCGUGCCAACUUUUGAUAUAUUCCAUGUACUUACGUCGGCCGAAGAACGUGAGAAACGUUAUAAAAAAUGGAAAAUGGCAGUUGAUCGAUCAUCUCAUUCAUAUGAGAUUCAAACGUGAGGCACGUUUUAUAAGCUAAAUGAGAAAAAUGCAAUCAAACAUCGUUUACAAAUUAUCGACGAAAUAGCACAUUCAUUUGAAACUUACUGCUUUUUUUAAUUAUUUUUAGAACAAUUUAUAGCCAAAAACAUCAAAAUUUCAUUGUAAUUAUAUCCUUAGCGUAUAUUUUACUUAGUUAGUAUGUGUCUUAGGUUGGAAAUUAGAUCUUAGUUGCAUACUUUCUCCUUGUACUUACCUAUUUUCGAAUUGUUGUUGGUAUUGAAUGACAGCAAUUGUAUAUAUAUAUAUACAAAUUUAUGGUCGAAUGAAUAGAAAUGUUAAAAGAACGAAAGUUUUUUUUUUUAUUCAAAUAUAAAAUAAUUGUUCAUUGAUCUGUGCGUUUCUCACAAAGCUCAAGUGUAGGAGAAAACAUCAUAAAAUUCGUGAAAUAUGUCCUCACCUUCUUGUAUAUUGUAUUAUGUUGCUGACGAAAGGGCCGAUCAUUCAUGCGAUGCAACUUUCACACCGUUGAGUAGCACAUUUUGCGAAUCGAUGAAAACUAAAGAGAUGCAAACACACAGAAACUUUUGAACAACUGUACACGUGAUUGUAAAGCAACGAUUCACCAACAAAAUUAUUGUUCUAAGAAAAUUGCAUCAAUAUAACACACGCAGACUAGAUCUUUAGUUGCAGUUACCAAGCUGCUUACAACAAUGAAUACUAGUUAAGAACAAAUAAAACCAAAAGUUUAAAAAUUAAA